GGGGUUCCUGUAUAGGGAGAUGAGCUGUUUGCAUCAAUUCUUCAACAUUUAGCUUCAGCUUAGAAUAGUUAAUGUCGUGAGGUUUCCAAAGUUGGUCAAACCAUCGACAUGGCGGCUUCUGAGGGUCCCAGUUCACCUCGGAAGGAUGAUGCCACUUAUAAGUUACAUUUCAGAAGAAUUAACGAGCAACAAGUGGAGGAAAUCUGUCUUGACUUCUUCUACAGACCUCAUACUAUCACUCUGCUGACAGCCACGGUGCUCAGUCUUAUGUACUUUGCGUUCACCAGGAAUGAUGAACACUCAGACAAUAACCUCCGAGUUGGGCUGUUGGUGGUUGUCUCCUUUUUCCUGGUCAUCAGUAUCCUGGCUUUUCCUAAUGGACCCUUUACAAGGCCGCAUCCUGCAAUCUGGCGAAUGGUGUUCGGUCUCAGUGUGCUCUACUUCCUGUUUCUGGUCUUUCUCAUCUUCCUCAACCGGGACCAAGUUCAAACUCUCAUGUACUGGCUCGACCCAAAUCUGCGCUACGCCAAACGAGAAGCUGAUAUCAUGGAGUACGCUGUGAACUGUACGGUGAUAACUGGGGACCGCAUCCUGAGCCACUUCGACAUCUUUGCCUUCGGCCAUUUUGCAGGCUGGACCAUGAAGGCCAUGCUGAUCCGCAGCUACGGCCUUUGCUGGACCAUCAGCAUCACCUGGGAACUCACCGAGCUUUUCUUCAUGCACCUCCUGCCAAACUUUGCGGAGUGCUGGUGGGAUCAGGUGAUCCUGGACAUACUGCUGUGCAAUGGUGGAGGCAUCUGGCUGGGGAUGACAGUCUGCCGUUUUCUGGAGAUGAGGACCUACCGUUGGGCUAGCAUCAAGGAAAUCCACAGCACCACGGGGAAGAUCAAGCGAGCGGUUCUUCAGUUUACACCAGCUAGUUGGACCUACGUUCGCUGGUUCGACCCCAAAUCAUCCUCCCAGAGACUAGCAGGCAUCUACCUCUUCAUGAUACUAUGGCAGUUGACAGAGUUGAACACAUUCUUCCUCAAGCACAUCUUCAUCUUCCAGGCCUCUCACCCUCUCAGCUGGUGUCGUAUUCUCCUGGUCGGAGUCGUGACCGCGCCCACUGUUCGGCAGUACUACGCAUACCUGACAGACACGCAGUGUAAGCGAGUGGGAACACAGUGUUGGGUGUUCGGAGCCAUUGCGUUCCUGGAGGCUCUUGCUUGUGUGAAGUUUGGUCAGGAGUUGUUUUCGAAGACCCAAAUCCGCUCUGUGCUCCUGUGGCUUCUCUGUCUGGCACUCAUCACACUUCUGUGUUUGUACGGGAUGGUGUGGUAUGAGCAGAAUAAGAUGAAGAGCUUUACUCAGCAAAACGAGGACGCCAAUGACUCAUUUGCCUCCAUCCCAGAUGGCCUUGCAGCUCAGACCGACUCCACAAGAGGUUUACAGCCAACCAAACGCAGGAGGUCGUCGGCAAAAAACAGACCUGGAAGCAGCCAUGGAGGAAAGAGACAAUAAAAAAACAGUGAUGGGAAGAAUUCAUAGCUGCUGUGCAGACAAAGAGAAAAGCAAAAAUACAGGAGUGUUAACUUACCAGCAG